AUGACUACCCAAGCCCCGCCACCCUCCGCAGACCCCGCGUCUCAGAAGAUCUUCACAAUUGGCACGCGCAAAUCCAAACUUGCUCUUCUCCAAACGGAUCUUGUCCUUGCCGCCCUCAAGGAACGAUUUCCAGAUCAUACCUUCAAGAUCCACUCGCGCGAAACUGCUGGUGACCAAAAUACGACCAUUGCGCUUCGGGAUUUCACCACAAAAAACCUAUGGACACAGGAGCUCGAGGACCUUCUAGAAGCCGGCCAUGUCGAUCUUAUCGUGCACUCAUUGAAAGAUGUUCCCACGCUUUUACCGUCUUCCUGCAAGCUUGGCCCCAUGAUGAAACGGGAGGAUUCGAGAGAUGUUUUGGUCCUUAAGAAGGGCCUGCCUAAUAUGACCCUGGCAGAAAUGCCGGCUGGCUCAGUCGUGGGAACAUCUUCAAUUCGCCGGACCGCCCAACUUGCUCGAAAGUACCCUCACCUAAAGGUAAUGGACGUCCGUGGCAACAUCGGAACUCGGUUGUCCAAACUGGAUGCAGAGGAUAGCCCGUACACAUGCCUUAUCCUUGCUGCUGCAGGGCUACUACGCCUGGAACUUGGAGAUCGGAUAUUCCAAUUCUUGGAUUCGAAGAACGCCGGGAUGCUGUAUGCCGUUGGCCAGGGCGCAUUGGGUAUCGAAAUUCGCAAAGAUGACAACGUAAUGGAGGACAUGUUGAAGACCAUUGGGCAUAAAGAGACAACAUUUGCUUGUUUGGCUGAAAGGAGUCUUCUACGUACCCUAGAAGGUGGUUGCAGCGCUCCGCUGGGAGUUGAAACCGAGUGGAUUGAUGGCACCGAAGGGUCAUCGAAAUUGAAAAUGAGGUCCGUCGUCGUAAGUGUGGACGGUAGCGAGAAUUCUGAGGUCGAGAUCGAUGGAGCAGUUGACUCGGCUCAGUCGGCAGAAGAGUUUGGUGUCACAGUGGCCAAGGCACUGGUCGCUAAAGGGGCCGGCAAAAUCCUUGAAGAAAUUCAGCAGAACAAGCAAAAUCCACUGAAAGUGCCGACCUCCGAAUUGACUUAG